GGUCAACAUUAAGUAGUGAGAACAGGUGCAAACAGCGUAACUUGUGGAUUUGUGGUACACAUUGAGAGAACCAUUUUUGUUUAUGCAUAUCAAGCAAACAUUUUUAAACCAGUUGGAAGAUUUUCAGAUGCUCCUGUUCCUACUAAAAAACGGUAUGAAGGUCAUUUAAGGAGCAGACAUGGGAGAAGCAGCUGCUGGUUCAGCAUCAACCCCCACGCUGUCACAGCUCCAGGUCACCAUCCAGUCAGCAAAGCUCACAUCUACUGGAGGAUUGUUUUCAUCCAAACCUGAUCCAUAUUUGGAGCUGAUAGUGGAUGGGCAGCCACCCCGCAAGACAGAAGUUGCACGCAAAACAACGUCCCCUAAGUGGGAUGAACAUUUUACAGUUCUUGUAACACCAUACUCAAAGAUUGAACUCCGGGUGUUGGGAUCAAACAGUAUCCGUACAGACACAGUUCUUGGUCAAGCAUCAAUCAACCUUUACUCCCUGCUUGAGGAGACACAGGGCAAAUUUGAUAACCUGAAAAAGACAUUUGACUUGAAAACUGACAAAGGAAAGAGUGGCGAGGUAGUGGUUGUGUUACAUGGGCUGGAGGUCAACAUGUGGCGCUAUCCAAAGAAGACCACAAAUGGACCUCGUAGCUCAGUAGCCAAUGGUGCUACUGCUAAUGGCACUGCCAGCACUUCAGCUGCCGCCGCCUCCACUACAACAGCUCAGGCAGGGUCCGGGGAAGCUAAGACUCAGGGUGGUCGCCUGACCCGAAGCUCCAGCACAAGUAGCCAACAGAGCAACGCCAGUUCCAGAUUGCCAGGACCGCCAGCAUCUCCUGCAGCCACAUCAGUCAGCAGUUCUGUCUCCCUUCCACCUGCUCCUGGUCCUGUGGCUCCACCAGACCCACCCUCUGGAACAGCUCCACCAGCUGCUCCUGCGGGGGCUUCAGCAACAAAUACAGCUGGGCCUGACCCAAAUGCCAAUGAACCUCUUCCACCAGGGUGGGAGAUGAGGAGAGACAAUCAAGGAAGAACAUAUUAUGUAGAUCAUAAUACAAGAACAACAACGUGGGAGAGACCACAGCCUCUACCACUAGGCUGGGAGCGACGUGUUGACCCACGGGGUCGUGUGUACUAUGUCGACCACAACACUCGCACAACAACAUGGCAGCGUCCAAACACAGACAUGGUGACAAACUGGCAUAACUGGCAGGAAUGGCGCAACAACCGCACAAUGGAUGCUAUGAACCGCCGUUUCUUGUUUCCACAGAUGCCACAACCGGCAGAGAAUGAUCCACUUGGUCCUCUGCCAGAGGGUUGGGAAAAGAGAGCAGACAGCAAUGGACGUGUGUACUUUGUAAAUCAUAAAAACAGAACAACCCAGUGGGAGGACCCCAGAACACAAGGAAUUAUGCAAGAGGAUCCUCUUCCUGAGGGGUGGGAGAUGCGCUACACACAGGAAGGUGUUCGUUACUUUGUUGAUCAUAACACACGCACCACCACAUUUCAGGAUCCUCGUGGAGGUCCACAGAAAGGCCCCAAAGGUGCAUAUGGUGUUCCCAUACAGUAUGAACGUAGCUUUCGAUGGAAACUGGGUCAGUUCCGGUAUCUCUGUCAUUCUAAUGCACUGCCUGGCCACGUCAAAAUUAAUGUCUCCAGAGACAGUCUUUUUGAAGAUUCAUUUGCUCAGAUCAUGAGGCUUCAACCAUUUGAUCUUCGCCGCCGACUGUAUAUAAUAUUUAAAGGUGAAGAGGGUCUGGACUAUGGUGGUGUUGCAAGGGAAUGGUUUUUCCAUGUGUCUCAUGAUGUAUUGAACCCAAUGUACUGCCUGUUUGAGUAUGCCAGCAACAGCAACUACAGCCUGCAGAUCAACCCUGCAUCCAGCGUCAACCCUGAUCAUCUCUUGUAUUUUAGAUUUAUUGGCCGCUUCAUUGCCAUGGCACUGUAUCAUGGGAAGUUUAUAGAUAGUGGGUUCACGCUGCCAUUUUACAAGCGGAUGCUUAAUAAAAAGCUGACCAUCAAAGAUCUGGAAUCUAUAGAUCCUGAGUUUUACCAGUCUCUACUGUGGGUCAAGGAAAACAACAUUGAUGACUGUGACUUAGAGCUGUACUUUUGUGCCGACUUUGAGAUCCUGGGCAAAAUUGAGCAGCAUGAGCUGAAGGCUGGUGGUAGCACAAUCCGUGUCUGUGAGGAGAACAAGGAGGAGUAUAUAAACCUGAUGACACAGUGGCGCUUUACACGAGGGGUUGAAGAACAGACCAAAGCUUUCCUAGAAGGAUUCAAUGAAGUAGUGCCUCUGCAGUGGCUCCAGUACUUUGAUGAGCGAGAGCUAGAGCUGAUGCUAUGUGGAAUGCAGGAGAUUGAUGUCGAUGACUGGGAACGCAACACUAUUUACCGCCAUUACCAGCGCAAUAGCAAACAAGUGGUUUGGUUCUGGAAGUUUGUACGAGAAAUUGAUAAUGAAAAGAGGACACGCCUUCUGCAGUUUGUGACAGGUACCUGCAGACUUCCAGUUGGAGGCUUUGCAGAGUUGAUGGGGAGCAACGGGCCUCAGCGGUUUUGCAUUGAAAAGGUGGGCAAGGAGACCUGGCUACCACGCAGCCACACCUGCUUCAACCGCCUGGACCUGCCACCCUAUCGCUCCUAUGACCAGCUGGUUGAGAAGCUGAACCUCGCUAUUGAGGAAACUGAGGGGUUUGGUCAAGAGUGACCUUUCUCCUCUUUGGCUUUUGGACUGCGCCUUCUGUGAUUAUCUCAGUCCUGUUUGGUGGGGGUGAGAGUUGGGUAGAUGUAGGUUGUGGGAGUGGAGUAACAGCAGGAGGAGUUUGUGCUGAAUGAGGUUUGCAUGCCAGAGCUUUAAGUGGAAUGAGCAUGUCAGGUCGAGAGUGCGUGAGUCAUGCGCGUGUGUGGAUAUGUGUUGUGAAGAAAUUCAGAUGAGAUUUUUCUGUUCACUUUCUGCCUAUCUUGUUUUGUUUUGUUUGUUUGUUUGUUUAUUUUUAAUCUUGAAGUUGCAAAGGACAGGUAAAGCUUAUAUCUGGAUGUACAUUUACUAUUUACCAAGCUCCAUCACAUAUAUUAUUAUGUGAACAGAUGCAGUGAUUAUUAUUUUUUUAAGUGUACAGGCCAGAUUGCUUUGUUGAAAUGGUUUGAGAUGAUUCGUGUCCUUCUCAGAAAAGUGUUCAAAGCAUCUGGCAGAUGUUGCUGUCCUUCCAAUCAAUAAUCUACAUCAGGUGAUAAUAAAAAGAAAAAAAGUGGAACUGGCAAUUUAUUGUGCAAGUGUUGUGGUACUCAGACUUGAUGCGAGGGACUUAAAUGUGAGCUUACACAGAUUAUGAUUAUUUCUGCACAAUUGUUGUAGAAAUUUAUUAGUUAUAUUUUGUGGGGAUUGAGGUAUGGUUUGCUGAAAAGUAUGGAGUAUUUGUCUUUUAUUUUCUCGCUCUCUUUUCUUUUCUUUUUUUUUUUUUCUUAAAUCUUUCAUUAUACUUUGAUUUAUUUUUUUUUUUCUGUACUGGCAAGUCUACAGGACAUUAAUAUCAUUACAUUUGUUGGAGAAUUGGAUAUUUACACAGUGUGUCAUAAGUGGUUUGUUGAGUGACAGUUUUGGUGGUCAAAGGAAAGAACAACUUAUAUAACCUAGUGAUGGGGGCUAGCUGCUCAUCUUGCAAUUGCACCGAUUUUGGAGGGUGUUUAUAUUUUAGUCAGUGAUUAAACAGGGAGCAUGGGGAGUGGUAGGGGGGUGAAUCCUGGCAUAUCUCAAGGCCAACCUUGACACUAUUUAACAGUACACUUAAUGUUGUAACCUGUAUUCUGAAGCAGCAGCCAUUUUGGAGAUUUUUGCCUUGAUGAUCUUGUCUGAUGGAUGUGGAAAGUGCAGGUUAAUGUGUAAAAGAUGUAAUGAUUUCAGGCACAUUUUGUGUUUCUUUGAGAUUUUAAAUUAUUCUUUAAGAUCUUUUUUUUCCCAAGGUAAAAUUUUCAUUUUUGUUUUUUUAUUUGUGGCCUCCAAUGCCAGUGUUUAAGUUUAUGCAUAGUGGGAGUAUGUUUCAUGCCAUGGUGUGUUCUGAUGAAACUUUUUUAUGUUUUUUUUUUUUUAGACACACACCAUCUACUUUAACAUAACGUGCAGUGUACAAGCACACACACACAUCAAACAUAGCAGAAAUGACGACUUGUUACACCCCAGACACAGAUGCACCACCUUGUGCACCCACUCUAACAAAUGCGUUCUCCCUCAAUAUUUAAUUGAAAGAAUUUUUUUAAUUAACAAGUAUUUAUAUGUCGCUAAACAAGAUUUUUUUUUUCCUUCCAUUGAAUAUGUGUUUUAUCCAGGCAGUGUUUCCAGUUUUUGUGUGAAAUGUGAUUAGUUUUGUGUUUACUUGUUUUCUUUUUCUUUUUGUUUGUGCCUGCUGCUAUGUCUUUGUAGCAAGAACAUGUUAUGGAGAACAAAAUGCAAAGGCUGUUUUAUUAUGAUUCCAGUGCAAACAUAACAUUCUAACAGUAAUUUUAAUGCUUGAAAAUAAUCAGUAGUCUACGUUGUUAAUGCACUAUAAUCUCUUGAUAGUAUUCUUUUAGUCCUAUGUGAAAUCAUCUUCCUUGGUCACCAUGUGUUCUUGGUUAGUGAAGAUAAAAUAUAUGCUUUGGUAGCAACAAGAGAUGAUUAAAGUGUACGUGAGUAAACUUGAGUUUAGUUUGACCAGUUUUUUUGAUAUAAUAAACUAAACAUAUUGUCACAGUCACCAGGAGAUCGGUAGUCUUUGUCAUGUUUGUUGCUGUUUGCUUCGUUUAUUUAUCAUUUAGUGAGCUUUAUUUAACGGUUGCAGAGUAGCUCAUUCAGCUUUGAAUAACAGAUUAAACACAAACGUAUUGAACAGAUAGUUUGGCAUUGUAAAGAAAUCACUGGAGAGUAACCUGUGUUUGCAUUCAAAUGUACACAUACAGAUACGCGUCAGCCCUGUGUCGAUAAUAUAGUCUGGCAUCUGUUUUGGAUGCAGUUAAUAAAAUCCAAUAGAGCUUACACAGGGAGUGAAGGGGAAGAUUGAAAAGACCGACAUGGUAGACACUUGAAGCUAUACAAAUAUUAAUAUCCAUAAUGCUUGCAAGCUGUUCAUGUGAUCCUUUGUGUGAAGCAGUAACAGCCUCACAGCCACUGCAAAUGGCUGUUGCCCCAUCCCCACGUUUUUGGAGAACAAUUUCUGUUAAUUUGUAAUUUUUGUUAACCCUAUAUAAUUUUGUUUAAGGUUGUUAUGUAUUUUACGAUCUCAGGCAGUACUGUGCGCUGAAGAGAAAGUUGCACACUAGUCUUGGUAAACAGUAACUGACAUUGCUGUUUCUUGCAAGCUUCACACAGUAGAAUGGUGGAGUGUGGGGACUGCUCCCACCCUCCGCACACACACAUGAACCAGCAGCAUGAAUAAACAGGUGUUAGACAAAUAAAUUUAGUGUGUUUUUCAAAGAUUGCAUCCAAAGGUUUCUUUUUUUCUUUAUGUAAAGGUUAAGUUAUUUUGAUUUUCAAAAAUGAUGAUGCUUCUCAGUCACCAGGUUGUUCGAUCAGCCUAAGGGAAGGAGUAUCAAGUGAUAUUUCCUCUUGAUACUUUCAAAUCAGUGACCUUUAGAUGUUUACAGCCUUGUGCAGAAAAACUAAUCUCUGCCCUGACAGAGGAGAAGUUCUAAGGGAAGAAGGAGAAAAAGGGAGAGAGCGGACAGAAAAUUAGUUUCAGUAGUUCAAGACUAAUUUCCACAUCAGGAUAUAUUAACCCCUGGUGUUCUGUAUGCUCUGUAGCCCAAUGUACGGUGUCUUUACAGAGGGAGCUGUGGCAUGAUAGCACUGUACUGACCUGCAAACACAGUGUGUACAGCUCCCACUGUCAAGCGGAAUGUACAACUUACGCCUUUUUGUGCCUUCACAUAUUUAUAGUACACCUUGGCUGAAAAUAUUCCAAAUUUUGAAAGAAGUAAAUAUAUGUUCAGUGUGUUAUUGUAUCUCCACCACUUCUAAGAUUUACAAAAAAUGUCUGAACAUAGUGCAAAUAAUGAAUAAUUAUAAACCCCACUUUCUCAGUUCAGUAGAACUGGCCAGCUAGAAGGCAGAAACUCAUGACAUAGGGUAUAAAUGUGUCUUGACAGGUAGAGUAAAAAUAUAGCUGCUUAUGAAAGGUUCUCCCACCCCACCAACCCACAUAAAUCAGCUUCAGGUCUAUGCAUGAUACUUGAUAUGGUAGAUUUUUAUAAAACCUUGAUAGUCGUAUCUGGUUGGGAAGCUUCUUUUUCUAUCCAAAAACCAAAAAACUUGUUUCAAAUCUCACAAUUUUACAUCUUGCUCAGUUUUUGACCAGAAUUUUGCAGAAAGGUCUUUAAAGGAAACUACUGACCUUAACUUGGGAAAGGCCACUUUUAUUAACAUCAGUGAUGCCUUUUCUUGGGUAAAGGUGGCUUCUGUGUUGGGAAGAUCUUCAGAAAUCAUGAAGAAGCUUGUUGCCAGCAGAGCUCUCCAGUUCCUUUUAUGUGUUUUUACAAAAAUAUUGAAUAAACAAGAUUUUGUUUCAAGUUCUGUGCAAGGAUGAUGUGUUUUGAGCUUAUGUGAACGAUUUCAAGGUUGACCACUUUUUGGGUGGGGGUAGAGGUAUUGAAAUGUUUCUUGGUAAUUUGAAAGUGGAUAAAUUAAAUGAGAAGCAACAUAUUUAGGCCAGGAGAGCAAGCUGAUAUCUCGUAGUCAUAACAAGAAGAUAGGAUGCUUAACAUCAUGAAAUGUGUUGAUGUAUGCUAAAAUGUCAAGCCGUUAAAAUGAUGUAAAUAGUUCAACAAUGCAGCCUUGUGCACUUUCUUUGGAAGAUGUAUUUGUGAUAGACACAAGUAUCCAGAAAUGCAUUAUGCCUGUAUAUGGUUUGUGACAGUCAAAUGUUAAAGGUGAAAUCACUUAUUAUGCACACUUUUACAACUUUUGAUUUGUACAUGCUAUAUAGAAUGUAACUGUAUAAAAACAAGAUUCUCGUUGUAUAAAGAAGUUUUCUGUUGUAAAAGAAUGUUUUGAUAAACUUCUUUUGGGAAAGAAUGCACAGUGUUUUUGAUUUUGCCACAGUGCAGAUCCAAAUGGUGUGUACGUAUGCAUACACAGAAGUUCAUGUACUGUGCAGAAACAGAUUACAGUUCUGUUGUAAACUCCAUAUUACAAAUGUAGUCUGAAUCUUUUUUGCCCAAACCCAUGAAAUCAGGUGCAAAAUGGUCUUCCCUUACCAUGGCAACUUCUCUAUGAUUCCUUUUACGCAUCUGUUAAAGUACCCAAUAUGCGCAGCUCAACUGCCUUAGCUAAAAUGCUUUCCUCGAGAGCUGCAUGAGACGGCUUAUACUCUGAUAUGUCACGGUGUGGUCACUUGGUACAUUUUCAGCCUAAAGUGUAAAACAGAAUUCCAGUUGUGUCCCUGUAUCCAUGGCUAAUACAUUCCAAGACCUACCACAGUUACAUAAAACAACAGAUAAUACUGAAUGCUAUACACAUUUGUGUAGUAGUAAAGUUUAAUUGAUAAAUUAGAAGACAUUGCCAACAAGUAUAAUAAUAAAGUGUGUUGUACA